AUGGCGGCGGCGGCAACGGCGGCGGCGGAGGCGCCCGAAGGUGUCCCUGCGAGCCCACGAGAGGAGCCGGUUCGAGACGAUGCCGCGGUGGAGACGGCCGAGGAGGCGAAGGAGCCCGCGGAGGCCGACAUCACCGAGCUCUGCCGGGACAUGUUCUCCAAAAUGGCAACUUACCUGACAGGGGAACUGACGGCCACCAGUGAAGACUAUAAACUCCUGGAAAAUAUGAAUAAAUUAACCAGCCUGAAGUAUCUUGAAAUGAAAGAUAUUGCUAUAAACAUUAGUAGAAACUUAAAGGAUUUAAACCAGAAGUAUGCUGAACUACAGCCUUAUCUGGAUCAAAUCAAUGUAAUCGAGGAGCAAGUAGCAGCUCUUGAGCAGGCAGCCUACAAAUUGGAUGCAUAUUCCAAAAAACUGGAAGCCAAGUACAAGAAGCUGGAGAAGCGAUGA